AUGGAAUCAACAUCGACACCACCAAUACCUCGAACUAAUGGCAUCUCUUAUUUUGGAAGUAUUGCUCUUCUAGUUUCAUCUAUAACGGGACCCGGACUUGUAACUAUUCCCAUAUUGUUUCAAGAUGCUGGCUGGUUUGUUUGUGCUUCCUCGUUAUUAUUAUGUGAAACUGCGAGUUCAAUUAAAGGAAAUGAAAAAUUUCAACGUCAAAUUGAAUUUUCUUACCUCACCGCAAUUCUCGUGUCAGAUAAACGAAAACGAUUCCUUAUUCAAUUAAGCCUCUUUAUUUCACUUCAAUCCGUUAACAUUGCUUCAAUACUAUUAUCAUCACAUUCAUUGGAUACGUUAUUGAUAUCACUAUUUGGAAAGACGUGUGGACUAGGAAUAUAUCCUCAAAGUGGUAUUUACUGUGUGUACGAACAAGGUGAUUAUGCUAGCCCUUUUGGAACGAACUACAUGGUAGCAACUUUUGGAUUCAUGCAUGGCUUGACACCAUCAUACAUCCCAAAUUUUGGCGACGACAUGAGUCAAGUAGUUGGGACUGUUCUAUUCAAUUAUGCCUUUAUUGUAACAGUCCCAAGUUGGGUAAAUGAUUUGGACCCUAAAGUUCCUAUACGAAGAUCUGUUUUUUGUUCUAUCUUGAUUUCGACUUCAGUUUACAUUUUACUUGGACUCAUUGGUGGAAUGGCAUUUCAAAUAGAUAAAAAUUCUGAUAUUAUAACUGUAAUUAAUCAAUCAGAUCAAAAAAAUUGGUUAACCAUUGCUAGUACUUAUAUCUUUCCAGUUGCAGUAUUAGUAACUAGUAUUCCAAUAUAUACAAUUGUCGUCCGAUACAAUUUAAUUCGAUCGGGACACUGUAAGAAAG